GGCGGGCGCAGCAGCAGCAGCAGCAGCAGCAGCAGCAGCGGCGGCGGCGGCGGGAGGAGGAGGCGGAGCGGCGGCGGCAGCGGCGGCGUUAAGGGAGGCGGGGCAGGGGCCGGGGCGGGCCGCCGGGGCGCACGCGCCGCCCGGUGCGGGGCCGAUCGCGCCCGCUUUGGUUGCAUUGUAUCCGCCGGCGGCGCGAGAACAAUAGGCGCCGCCGCCGCCGGCCCUGGGCGCCGCGGCCGCCGCCCGCCCGCGCCCGCCGCUGCCGGCCCCUCCGCGCCCGCCGGACCUUCAUGCGCUUCCCCCUCCCCCGCGCACGCAGGGGGGGUGCGCGCCUGCCCCGGAACAGGACUGCCGAGGCUGUGGGAGUAUGAAUCAGCAGCAGCAGAGAAUGGCUGCAGUUGGGACAGACAAAGAGCUCAGUGACCUGCUGGACUUCAGCAUGAUGUUUCCCCUGCCAGUGGCUAAUGGAAAAAACAGACCCACGACCCUCGCGAGCACUCAGUUUGGAGGAUCAGGUUUGGAUGAAAGACCGGGAUCAGGUUCCUGGGGAACGGGAGAUCAAAACAGCUCUACGUUUGACCAAGGAAGGCAGAGCUAUGGUGAAGGCCCCCACUACGGUGAGCACAGGGACCUGCCAUCCCACAACAGCAUCUCUUCAUCGCCAUUCCUGGGAGCUGGACUAGUGGGGAAGAGCAGUGAAAGAGCCUCGUACUCCACGUUCGGAAGAGACACAGGGAUGCCAGGACUAAACCAGACUGGUUUCCUGCCCGGCGAAAUGGGAAUCGCGAGUCCGAGCACGCUUUCCCCCACCGGAGUGAAAGGGGGGUCUCCGUAUUUUUCAUACCCCAACAAUCCUCGCAGGAGAGGUGCUGAGAGCAACAUAGAUGGACAACCCAAAAAGGUUCGGAAGGUGCCUCCUGGACUCCCCUCCUCGGUGUAUCCAUCCAACUCAGGUGAUGACUACAGCAGGGAUCCAGCUGGAUAUACUCCCUCAAAACCUCCCAGCACUGUGUAUCCCGGAGCCUUUUAUAUGGCAGACGGGCUCCAUAACUCGCCAGACCUGUGGAGUUCACCGGGUGCCAUGAACCAGUCGAGUUACGGUGCCAUGCUGGGCAGCUCCUCCUCCCCGCUCCCGCAGUCCAGUGGCUUCAACAGUUUACAUCAGCACGAACGCAUGAACUACCAGCUUCAUUCAGGAGAGGUUAACGGCGGACUCCCCUCUGUGUCUGGCUUCUCCUCUGCCUCCACGCCCUACGGUGUCUCCAGCCACACGCCCCCCAUCAGCGGGACGGACAGUAUGAUGGGUAACAGAGGAACCACAGCUGGGAGCUCGGGAGACGCGCUCGGGAAGGCAUUAGCUUCAAUUUAUUCCCCCGAUCACUCUAGCAAUAACUUCUCGUCAAACCCCUCCACACCGGUCGGCUCCCCGCAGGGGCUUGCAGGCACAUCCCAGUGGUCGCGAGCGAGCGGACAGGGUGCCUUAUCUCCCAGCUACGAAGGGAGCCUCCACACUUUACAAAACAAAAUGGAAGACAGGUUGGACGAAGCCAUCCACGUGCUGAGGAAUCACGCCGUGGGCCAGACAGCCGCCAUGCCGAGCAACCACGGGGACAUGCACGGGCUCCUGGGCUCGGCACCGGCCCACAGUGCCACCGUGGGCAGCCUGGGCCAGGCCUUCCCCGCCGCGGUCAUGUCCCUGGGGAACAGGCACCCAAGUCUGGUGGGAGGAGGUCACCCUGAAGACGGGUUGUCCAGCAACCCCAGCAUGCUCCACAACCAUGUCACACUUCCGUCACAGCCCAGCUCACUCCCUGACCUCAGCAGGCAGCAGGACACGUACAGCGCAGGCUUGUCAGGGGGGCUGGGGCGAAGCAGCGUCUCCUCGGGAACCAGCGAAAUAAAGAGGGAAGAGAAGGAGGACGAAGAGAACACGUCAGUGGCAGAUAACUCAGAAGAAGAGAAGAAGGAGCUGAAACCCUCCCGGAACAGAACAAGGUGCUCUUUGAACAGUCAAGAUGAGGAUGAGGAGGACGAUCUUCUUCCCCCAGAGCAAAAAGCCGAGAGAGAGAGAGAAAGGAGGGUCGCCAAUAAUGCCCGUGAGCGCCUGCGGGUCCGUGACAUCAACGAGGCCUUUAAAGAGCUCGGACGCAUGUGCCAACUCCACCUAAACAGCGAAAAACCGCAGACCAAACUGCUAAUCCUACACCAGGCCGUAUCAGUCAUACUGAACCUGGAGCAACAAGUUAGAGAGCGCAAUCUCAACCCUAAAGCAGCCUGCUUGAAGCGUCGGGAAGAGGAGAAAGUGUCCGGAGUAGUAGGAGAUCCCCAGAUGACACUUUCAGCUUCACAUCCUGGUCUAGGAGAUGGUCACAACCCUGUUGGACACAUGUAAAGAUCUUUUUGUUCCUCUGGAUAGAGAGAUCUGUAGGAAGAAAACCCUCGGUGUGACCUGCAACCUUCUCAAACCAUAAACUUUAGUACUGCUAAUACUGACACACGUGGACGGAUCCUGGCAUGACGUAAGGGGUGGAAAAAAAAAACAAAACACUUUGUCAAAAACAAAACGAAAACAAAAAAAUUGCCUUAAGUAUAAAGUGCGGAACAGUCAAUACAUAUCACUCAGUUAGGAGGGGGUGGCGUGUUCUCUUGGCUUGUUCACAAGCAGCCAGCAGCAAAAUUGUGCCUAAGCUUGAUAUUUCUUUUUUAAAAAAAAAGAACAUUAGUUAUGAGAUUUUUUAUGUAGAACAAAUAGCAAUGCCUUUUGGUUUUUUUUAGCUUCUUUUGCAUAUGUUUUGUAAGCAACGAAAAGAAUUUUUUUUUGUAUAAAAAAAAAUGUCUUGUACCCCAUGCUUUUCUGCUGCUGUUUCUAUAGUUAACGUUGCAUCUUUAGGAUCAACCAGAAUAUUAAAAUUGUAUUAAGAGAGACUGGAUAUAAAGAGAGGAAUUCUCAGAUUCGGCUCUGAAAGCCACUAAAAGCGAAUGUAGCCACAGCGAGGGAAUGUUCUUCCUUGCCUGGCUUGUACCUUCCAUUAUGAAAAAACAAACAAACUCACGUGCUGAAUUCACCAUCUCUUUGCUUUGGCCACUUCUGAUUUGGGAAAAGGAAGUUAAACAGCAAAGCAAGUCGCAGCAGCGUCCCUCAGCAGCGCUCCCGCUCCUCCCGGGAGGUGACCGAGGUCCACCAAGGGUCUCUCCAAGAUUUGUUUUAUUCCUGGAGGAUCCCGGAGGCCGUGGUCCUGCUGCCCCAUCGCUGUCGCAGAGCGUCGUGAUGGCGGACGGGCUGCUGGGAGAGAGCAGGCCUUGGGGGGUGGAAGAGAACUGAGGGACCGGGGCGCUUUCAAAGGUAAGCAAAGAAGCAACACGGAUGCAAGAGGAAAGGCCAGGGCGGAGGAAAGCGCCUCUUGCCCACGCGUCUGAGCAAACGCCCGCUGCCAGAGGCGCUUCCAGGGGCAGCACUGAACAAAGACGAACUGAACAAAGCUGGAGGAUUGGGAAGAGGCCGAGUCGGACGGAGCAGAGGCAGCAGCGGGACACUGUGUGGGUUGACCUUGCAGCAGUUGGACCUGCGGACGCUGGCAGCAGGCAGCGGAGCCCAAGGUGGCAGGAAAGGGAGCAGCUACCCCCGCGCGCGCUGCAGUGACCAGCAGCAGGAUCCCCGUCUUUGCGCAGCUUCUCCCCGCACUGGAGCCACCACCAUGGGAAAUGCGAAACACUGCAGGCUUGGGGAGAGGGGUGGUUUUGCACCCCACCUUCACCCGCUGCCGUAUCUCCAAAGCAUCCUUGGAGGCAAACUCAGCUCAGCGUGCGCCCGGCUUGCCCGGGGGAUGCAGAGUGGCCGCUGUCACCUGCGUGUGGGCUCCUCUCUCUGUGCUGGAAAGGAGGGGAGCAGUAAGCUCCUGUCCUGCACAAGAUGCUCCAGGAGCCAAGCUGGGCCAACAAUCCCUUCGCUCCGAGGGCUUCCCAGUGUCGCUGCAGACUGCUCCAGUGUGCUCAGCGGGAGGAAGACCCUUGGCAGCCCCACCAUGUGGCAGGGUGCCCCAGAGGUGUGAGAGCAAAGGAAGAGGUGCUUGGCAGUGCUGAGCUGUGGCAACCAUUCUGGAGUUGGCAACGGAAAAGCGUCCACCGGGAAUUUAUUCUUGUUUCUUCCCUCUCCUUCCCCUUCUGAAACUUUUGGUGCCCGGUUCUUCCCAGCUCUGCAGGCAGACGGGGUCAGCUCCCCGGGGGGAUGUUAAAUCCCGUCUCGGCAGUGUCUGUGAUGCUCUCGGACGGGGGCCGGCUGCUGCCCAGAUCUGCCUGGCAGAGCCCAAUCAGGCAGGGUAGUUCACGGGGCACGGGUGCUGGCCUGGGGGCGGGACAUGGGGACAGCGAGUCCGGUAGGACCCCCAGCAGCAGGGUCUGUCUCUCCCUUCUGCUUCUCUGGCCUGUGCUCCUGGGGAGGCUGUAUCGCUUUGGCAUAGGGAAAGGGAAGGACUGGCGAACAGGAUUAGGUCCUGUGGCACUUCCUAGGCUUUGGCAUAACCUCCCGGUGCUCCUCUGUGCUCAUAGCUGUGUUUUCUGCUCCAGCAGAGCUUGCUGGAAAUGCUCGGGAUAUUCCUCAUCUCCCACCUACACCCGGGUACCGCGGGCUCAGCCCCUGUAGCAUCUCGGAGAGGAGCCGCUUACAAGUGCCGGAGCAGCACGGGACCAUCUCUCCCUGCUGCCCCUGGCACUGGCAGUGCCUGGGACUCUGCAAGGUCCAACCAGAGCUCUGAGGUUUUCAGGUGCUCCGGGCUUUCCCUGCCCACAGCCUGCUGCUCCCACCACCGCUGCUGUGUGGUGAGACCCGAGAUCCCAGCAGCCUCCAGCUCUGUCCCCAGGAAGGCCGGGAAAGGCCAGUGGCUGUGGUCCCUGCAGCCCGGGAACACACGUUCUUCUUGCCUGUGUCAACAGACAUGUUUCAGCCUAAUUACCUUGUCAGGUUACAACGCUCUUCCCUCCCUCGGGUUCUUCUGCCUGCUUAAGCGACGGGCAGCGUGAGACGGAUGAGGUUUUCCUCCGUGUGUGACAGCCUUGUCCCCAUGGAGCAGUUCCCUUGCAGCAAAAGCCGUGUCUUGCUGAAGUGUCCUGCCGUGUCGGGUUGUGCUUCAGGUGCUGGAGCAAGUUCAGUUUGGGGCUGGUAAAGCACGCAGGGAGGGGGCAGUGCCCCUCCAUAGGCUGCCAGCCGGGUCCGGAGGCUCAGACAACCCCGAUUCGUGCUCUGGGGUAGGAACCGGGGACUCAUCAGCUGCUUUCUGCAGCCUGUAAGCGGCUACGUCAUCCCGCGAGCGUUUCUGCCCAGUCGGCCGGAGGGCGCUGGGGUCGGCAGGGCGCUCGCUGCGCGGGGUUUUCUGUUUGCCCAGUGCCACUGUCCCGGGGCCAGGGAGGGACGGAGCAACAUCCCAGCCCUGGCAAGCUUGAAACCAUACAAAAAAAAAAUGAAGAAGUGCUUCCCCGACACUUAGAUUUUGCAACAAGAAUUUGAGGUAGCAGUCACGUACAACUGGAUUUAAAGAAAAAAGAGAUUGUAGUCAGGAAAAAUCCAGAAACUCCUCAAAAUUGGAAAUAUGCGAAGAUUUAUGAUUUGUUCAAAAUUUUGCUGAACUCCUUCACCCCCGCCAAGUCCUUGCUGACGCCUGAAGGCCAAGGGGGGACUCCUGAUGAGACAGAGCCUCUCCCAUCAUCCCCAAACCACCAGGCACUGCAACAGAGAUGGGGCUUUUCAUCUGCAUGUGGGUAGUGUAGAUGCUCUUUUCUUGCCUGCAAAACCAGCUUCCUUCCUUGGCGAGGCUUGGACGAAGGUCCUUGAGCAUAAACCCCCGGUGCCAGGGUUUGGGGGAGAUCUUGGUUCCUCCAGCAGCAAAGCGCGGUGUCAGGGGCUGGUAGUGCUGUGCCCGGGAGCUGCCUCCAUGGCGCAGGGUGCUUUGUGUGCCGGCGCGUUUGCUGCCGGCGCCAGCCCCGCGCAGCUGUGGUGACAUCUCUGCUCCCCGGGUGCACAGGGAGAAAUCGCAGAGGAAAUCGCAGGGAGGAAUCGCAGCAAGGAGGAAUUACUUUGGCACGCCAGUGUGUUUGGCUCAGGGUGAACAUGGUGCCCGUCACCUGCCAGGGAAAGUGGCUUUUCUGAAAAUGAGCAUUGUCAGGUGCUGUCCCCAAAAUAUCAGCCUGUUGCAAUGAAACUCCUGCCUUUAGGUGUCGUGGUCGAAGAGGGCCAGGGUCUGCGCCCUCCCCAGCCCACAGCUCUGCUGGCGUUCAACCGCGCAGUCCUACAGUCUACUUUUCUCCUCAAACUUGCUUCUCUGCCUGUCUGCGCGUCCCUCGCGCCGGUGGUCCUGCGCAGAGAGGUGUCACGGAGGGGUGACAUGCUACAGUUCUCCGCGUCCUUUCUCGGCCUUGCAUGCUUGGGUUCUCCCCCGUCAGCGCUGGGGGUCGCAGAGCUCCCACAAAGCUUCCUCCGUCAGACCGGGAGUCAGGGGAGACGCCGCCUUCCCCUGUGUGCAUUUUUUAGUUUCUCUUUCCUCAGGCCGCAGCAGCUGAGCUGUGUCGCGGUCCGAGAGCGGAACCAUGGUCCCAGGCGCGCAGCUGCCAUGGGACACUUCUUGUGUGGCAGGGCCAGCGCUGGAGUGCAGCCCUCGGGUCCUGAGCCCAAGGGAUCUCCUCUUUCUCCCCCCACGAGCAGCCCCCUGCCUCCCUGCGCAUCCCGCCGGAGAGCUCUGCGUGCCGCCAGGUGCUGGGGAGUGUCUGGAAUCCAGUUUAUUAACAGUAAAAAUUGCAGAUUUUUGUUCUUUCUCCCUCUUCACCUGCUUUCGCCCCAGAGCAAAACAGCUGCAGCUUCUCAGAGACUGCACCUUGACGGUCUCCUGACGGCGCUCGGCGUCGAGGGCUCACAGCCCCACAGCUGCUGCCAGCGCACUCUGGGGAGCAAAAUUCCAGUUAACCCCUGGUUUGGCAGUCGCUCACUUGCCUGUGACCCACCAGUCAGACCUGCUCGCGGCCUGGCUUGAGUUCAGCUCCAGCUCUUUGCCAACAUCUCCUCGGGCUCUCCGCCCUUCUGCUGUCACAGCUUGGCGCUGGUAUCCUACGGAGGUGUGUUGGCGGGAGGGACAGGACCUGGGACAUCUGGAUCCCAGUCUGUGCCCCUCCUGUCUGCACCGAGCUCCAGCCCGGGAGCAAGGGGCGCCGCAGUGCCCGGGCAGAUGGUUUGCAGGAAUCGGGGAGACUCAAGUGAGAUGCGCACCCCAAGGUCCCACAUCUGGCUGUCGGGAACAGAUCCGUGCCAGCCCCACACGGUGGGGUCAACUUGCUGCCCCCCUCCCUGUGUGCCAUCACUCCAGGGCCAGGGGUCUGCCCUGCUCUGCAGUCGGGGUUUUUGCCCUCUCCAGCGGAGAAAUGCAGAAGUGUGGUGUGAAACCUCCCCAGCUGUCACUUCAGCAAACAGCUUUUUCCUCUCGCCCGUGCAUCGGUGAUGAGCCGUUUUCCUGGAGGUUUUGCACUCGCUGCCCUAUGGCAAUUGAAGAGGAAGGACAGAAUCAGGCUGGGGUUUCCCCAGGAGUCUGCAAUUUCAGGUUCAGCGCAGAAGGCACUUCAAAGGUCCUUUGCACCUCACGCAUGUCCCCACUGAAGCCAGCAGAGCCUUUGGGCCCUGGGCCCUUGCUGGGCGAUUCAGCGCAUCCUCCCCCUCGGCAGGCGGGGGGGGGCCUUGACAAACAGGAGGCCUUUGAAACCCCCAGUCCCCUGCGUCCCCGCGCUUUGCUCAUCAUGGGGAGGCUGCCAGCUUCGGUGCCAGUGGAGCCCGUAGUCCUCUUGCGGGCCCUGCCGUGUGCUGUGCUGGUGGCUCUGGGCCAGCUCCAGUUUCAGCAAGCCCCUGGCCUGGGGUUUUAGAAAAUAGCUGCGAAUGGGGAGGUGAAGGAAAGCUGGUGCUGGAGUUGGGCCAGGACGAGCCAUCAGCCCCCAAAGUGCAGUGCUGGCUGACCUGGAGCCAGCCAUGGCCACUGGAUUCCCCCAUUCCUGCUCGACACCAGCAAUAGCAAGACCUGUUUUCCGUACCGCAAGCUUGCACAAGGUCUUUGCCCUGUUAAAUCCUAUGCAACCCCCCUUUUCCUCUCCCCCAGGGCUCUCCAGAUCCCAGCCCAUCCCGUUCUCUCUGCUCUUGUCCAUGCCUGCCGAGUUCCUGCUCCCUGCUGCUCUCAGGGUCCAGCUUCAUUUCUAGCAGCUCCAAAAGCAUUUCAAGACCUGUGCCCUGGAGCUGGGCGGGGAAUAGACAAGGGGUGGGAUCACAGGAACAUCCCUUCCAAUUCCUGCUGCAGGAGCUGAGCACCGAAUCGGAGGGGGCAAGACCAGGUCCUAGGGCUCCUCCACGCACCCUUCACCCUCCUGUGCCUUCUGCUCGGUGCUCGGCAGCCCACUGCCGGUACCCUUCAUCUCACACCAUCUCCCCCAGCACCCCUGAAUGGAGCAGCCGUGUCCCCCCUCGUUGCUGCCCGGCUCUAUGUUCUGCUCCGUUAAUGCCUGACCCUCAGGCUUGGCUUGGUCCUUCAACCGCCUCAAGCCUGAAGGUGCGUCUUCCUUCCUCCCGCGCUCCCCAGUCUCUCCAGCCAACACCUCCAAGCCGUUUCCCUUUGUGCGCAGCCACCGUGGGUUUCUUCGGAGCGGGGCAGAGCCGUGCCACCAGCUGCUGGGGCGGAGGUGGGAGCAUUUGGGAGGUGGAUGCCGCAGGUUGGUCUCAUGGCACGGCUGCGCCUCCCUGCCCCACUGCCCUUGGGGCAGGCAUGGACGGACCCAGUGCUCUGCGCAGAGGUUUGAUCUUCAGGGCAAUUCCCCCGUUCUGCAGAGCCGGCAGCUGCAGUGCCUUUGCCUGCGGGACUCCCGCGGGAGCCGAGCGUGGAGGUGGUCUCUGGUGGGGAGGGCGGUGCAGGCCGCAGGCAUCCGUUCUGCCGAAACUUCUGUGUCCGUCUUGCGUCCCCCUCUCAGGGGGCAAGGGGCAGCCCUGCCAUGGGUCUCCACGCCGGUAUUUCUGUCCCUCUGCUUUUGUACGCUUCUUGCUCCUCAGGCCUUGUGAUACCCACCCUGGUCCAGCCAAGCGCCUGCUGCGUUGGAAGGAGAGGGAAUAAAACUCGCGCCCUGUUACAUCUUGGCACGGUGCAGCUGCGGGCACCAGUACGGGAGAGCAAAGGGGCUUGUGCUUCAAAAUGGGGUGUGGCGGGUACCGAGGCCUUUUGCUGAAGAGCAUCCCUGUGCCCUGCAUCCCUGGGCUGUGCCCUGGGGAGCCACGGAGCUCCCCGCGGCAGCGAGCUAGGGACGCUGCGGUUCCCCCUUCCCCGGUGCCACGUCUUCCCAAAUCACUUGAAACCCACCAGCUUUUGAGCAAACCUUGUUCCGUGGGGCCUCUCGGGGAGGGAAGGAGCCGUGGGAAGUCGCGCACCCUCCUGCCAGCGGUGGCCAAUUUGCCGGGAGAGGGGAGAGGAGAAAGAGGCACCCAGGGAAGCGGAGCAGGGAUGACCCCAACCACGCGCUUGGACCUCGCGGUCUGCAGGAAAUGGCCCAUUUUCUACGGAGGGCUCCAGCUCGUUGGGGAAACGAAGCGUUACUGGGUUACUCUUUCUAUAUAUUUUUGUAGGACGGUGGGGGGGAGGGGGUGUGGGUGGGGUGUGGGAGAGCAGAUGGGAGAUGCCUGCGGAAGUUGUUUAUUUUUAACCCCGUAGAAAGUUUUGGGUUGUUUUUGGUUUUCGUUUUUGGCCUUUAAAAAAAUGGUCCUUGCUUUUGAUGUUUAUGCUGCCUACCUGUAAAUCCAGAUGUACUUAAGUGGCUGAAAUCCUUGUUCUUAAAUCAGAUACACAUUAUAGUUUUGAACUAUAUAUAUAGUAAAUAUAUAUAUAUAUAUGCCUAACCCAGCAAAAAAAAAAAAAAAAUAAAGUAUUUGGGGGUGGGAAAUGCGUUGUUCUUUGAAAUGAAUCACAAUUGGGGGAUAAAAUUGUGUUUCUGAGUGCCUCAAGAUAUGAAUUGUUUUCAUUUUUUUAAAUAAUUUUAUACAAGUGUCAAAACAGCUGGCUGGAUUAUUUGGAAUUUUUAAAUAAUCCUAACUUUUUUAAAGUAGAUUUUGAGAACUGUCCUGUAUAUAACAGUAAUGUAGCAAUAAAUGUGACAUUUUAUAACAAUAUUACUUUUUUUUCCCCAUAUCUGUCUUUCAGAUA